ACGUGAUCGCGAUUCGCGUCUCUCUCAGAGAAGCGGUGUGGUUUCUGGUGAGCGCUCAACUGCUUCGCUCGUACGCACUUUAAACAGGAUGUAGCGACUGAGACAGACCACGGAAAGAAAAAAAACAGCGGGUUAAACUCUGCGAUGUGACAAACACCAGUGAGCCAGCAAUGACCGCCACAGCGGAGGAGAAGAAGACAGGAGGAGUCCCGAUGAGGCAGCCCACCGCCGGCAGGUCUUGACGGCUGCUCCCGCUGACCUGAGACGCCCCGCGCGGGUUACACACACUGAAAACCGAACAUAGCCGAAAUACUCCACAUCCCAUCGGUGAACCUUAAAAGAGACAAUGGCGAACCAGGGCGACUGCUGUGUGAAGGUAGCAUUGAGGAUUCGCCCUCAGAUGGCCAAGGAGAAGAUAGAGGGCUGCCAUGUGUGCACGCUUGUCACACCUGGAGAACCACAAGUCCUCCUGGGUAAAGACAAGGCCUUCACCUAUGACUUUGUGUUUGACAUCAACUCAGAGCAGCAGCACAUCUACCAGUCCUGUGUGUACAAGCUCAUUGAGGGCUGCUUCGAGGGCUACAACGCCACAGUGUUCGCUUAUGGUCAGACGGGUUCGGGGAAGACCUACACCAUGGGGACAGGCUUCGAUGUGAGCCUGGGCCAGCAGGAGCAGGGCAUCAUCACACGGGCUGUUCACCAGCUGUUUGAGGGAAUCCAGAACAGGAGGGUGCGCGCCCAGGAGGCCGGCAGCCAGCCACCCGAAUUUAAAGUCAGCGCCCAGUUCCUAGAGUUGUACAAUGAAGAAGUCCUCGAUUUGUUUGACGGAACCAGAGAUCCAGAGAGUCGGAACAGGAAGUCCAACAUUAAGAUCCAUGAAGACGCCAGUGGCAGCAUCUACACCACUGGAGUCACUUCCAGACUGGUGCAGUCAGAGGAGGAGCUGCUGCAGUGCCUGAAGCUCGGUGCUCUGUCCCGCACCACAGCCAGCACCCAGAUGAAUGCCACAAGCUCCCGCUCGCACGCCAUCUUCACCAUCUACCUCUGUCAGAUGAGAGUGUGCCCGCAGGCUCAAAUGAACGGAGGAGGAGGAGGAGGAGGAGGAGGAGGAGAAGGAGAAGGAGGAGGAGGAGGAGGAGGAGGAGGAGGAGAGAACGGGGUGGACUCGAACGGCGUGGACUCCAGCCCCAUCGCUCAGCCGGAGUUCGAGACUCUGAUGGCAAAGUUCCACUUUGUGGACCUGGCUGGCUCUGAGAGGCUGAAACGCACAGGAGCUACAGGAGAGAGAGCCCGCGAGGGAAUCUCUAUUAACUGUGGACUGCUGGCGCUGGGAAAUGUGAUCAGUGCUUUAGGAGACCAGGCUAAGAAGGGAGGACACGUCCCUUACAGAGACUCCAAACUCACUCGUCUACUACAGGACUCACUGGGAGGCAACAGUCGCACGUUGAUGAUCGCCUGCAUCAGUCCGUCAGACCGGGACUUCAUGGAAACACUAAACACACUGAAGUACGCCAACCGUGCCCGAAACAUCAAGAACAAGGUGGUGGUGAACCAAGACAAGACCAGCCAGCAGAUCAGCGCCCUGCGUGCCGAGAUAGCUCGGCUUCAGAUGGAACUGAUGGAGUACAAGGCGGGGAAGCGUGUGGCAGGUGAGGAUGGCUCAGAGGGCUUCAGCGACCUGUAUCAGGAGAAUGCAAUGUUGCAGAGAGAAAGCGACACACUGCGCCUGAGGGUAAAGGCCAUGCAGGAGACCAUUGACCACCUCAACACCCGCGUAACGCAUCUGCUGGCCAAUGAGGUCAGCGCUCUGCUGACCAAGUCAAGUGAGGGCAAUGAGGAGAUCGGGGCUUUAAUCCAGAACUACAUCCGAGAGGUUGAAGAACUUAGAACCAAGCUUCUUGAGAGCGAGGCCAUGAACGAGUCGCUGCGACGGCAGGCGCCCCGACUCUCCUCGCGUUCCCCGUUCCCUUCCUCCGCUCACAGCCCCGCCCCCGGCCACCCCCCUGGCUCCUCCCCUGCUCCCUUGUCCAUGGAGGCGGAGAUGACGGACGUGUUGCGCCGGGCCAAGAUGGACAUCGAGAGGCUGAAGAAGAAGGAGAGGAGGCAGAGGAGAAUGAGUCCCGAGUUGGAGAAAGGUCUGAAGAAACGAGUGAAGCUGCACACUCACGAGAAUGGAGAGAACGGGCAGAAUGGUCAAAACGGACAGAAUGGACAGAAUGGAGAGAUCGAUUCAGACGACAAUUACACUGAGGAUAUCAUGUCCCCACUGCAGGAGGAGAGUGGUUGUGAUGAAGAUGAAGGGGAAGAUGAAGAGGAGGGCAGGGAGGAGGAGGACGGGUUUGACAGUGACGAGAGCCAGGUGGAUUCAGACUCAGACUCCGAUGAGAAAGCCAACUUCCAGGCGGACCUGGCUGAUCUGACCUGCGAGAUCGAGAUCAAACAGAAGCUGAUGGACGAGCUGGAGAACAGCCAGCGGAGGCUGCUGAUGCUCAAACUGCAGUACGAGGAGAAGCUCAUUCUACUGCAGAACAAGAUCCGAGACACUCAGCUGGAGAGAGACCGCGUACUGCAGAAUCUCAUGUCUAUGGAGAACUAUACAGAGGAGAAGGCCAACCGGAUCAAGCAGGACUACGAGAAACGUCUUAAGGAGAUGAAUCGAGACCUGCUGAAGCUGCAAGUGGCACAGAAAGAGCAUGCGCGUCUCCUGAAAAACCAGGGGAGGUACGAACGGGAGCUGAAGAAACUCCAGACCGAGGUCAACGAUAUGAAGAAAGCCAAGGUGACACUGAUGAAGCAGAUGAAGGAGGAGCAGCAGAGGAGGAGGAUGGUGGAGGCAAAGAGGAACCGUGAGAUCGCCCAACUCAAGAAGGAGCAGCGCCGCCAAGAGUACCAGAUUCGAGCGCUGGAGUCUCAGAAGCGGCAGCAGGAGCAGGUGCUGCGCAGGAAGACCCAGGAAGUGACCGCCCUGCGGCGCCUGGCCAAGCCCAUGUCGGACCGCGUGGCAGGGCGUGUGGCCCGCUGGAACCAGACUCCCCCAGUUACAGACUCUGGAGCAGAGUUGUCAGCCAGCACUACAGCAAGCAGCUCUGAACCUGAGACUGGGAGGACUGUGAGCGGGCUGGUGAGACAGUGGAACAACAAAAACAAUGUGUUUGGAUAUCUGGCAGAGAGUGAAGGGAGCAUGGAUGGAACUAGGGUCAUUAGCAGUAGGAAGAAGUUGCAGCGUAAGCCAGCGGGCGUUGGAAGCGCUGGAGUGGCGGGCAGAGCCAGCAGCUUCUCCAAGUCUGCCCGUCAGAAGUGGCAAGCGCUCGAGCGUCGCAUUAUGGACAUUGUCAUGCAGAGAAUGACAAUCGCUAACGUGGAAGCUGACAUGGAUCGCCUUAUAAAAGUAGGAAUGGCCUUCACAUUUUUAUUCAAGAUUAAGGUGGGAAAUUGUGCUGUUUGUUACUGGGAUUACACUUGGUUUGGUGGCUAUAGAGUAAAAUGGCAUCCACAGGACUCUGCUGUUAAACCGGGACAUGGUCUUGACCUGUAUCACUUGAGACAACGUGGAAAAGUGUUUUGUGAUACAAUUAGAAGUCCAGAAUCAAAAAAACUCCUCCUUCAGGAAAUUACUGAGGAGAUUGAGGUGCUGAACGCCAACAUAGACUACAUCAAUGACAGCCUGUCUGACUGCCAGGCCACCAUCGUACAGAUAGAAGAGACCAAGGAUGAGCUGGACUCGGUGGACACCUCAGUGGUGAUCAGUUCCUGCUCUCUGGCUGAAGCACGCAACCUGCUGGACCACUUCCUGAAGGCUUCCAUAGACAAAAGUUUACAGGUGGCUCAGAAGGAGGCUCAGGUGCGACUGCUGGAGGGUCAGCUGAGACAGACAGAUGUGAUUGGCUCAUCUCACAAUCACAUAAUCCUUGAUGCCCUGCGUGAAAAAGCAGAAUACAUCCCUGAGCUCCAGGCUCUCAUCCACAAUGUACAGCAGGAAAAUGGUUACACCAGCACAGACGAGGAGCCCUCUGAGUUCAGCCAGGCGUCUGACAGCAGUGUAUCUCAAAUGAAAGAAUCCAACAGCCAAGAUGAUUUCAAAAUAAAGAUGGAGCCUCGUCUGUCAGCUCAGAUGAAGGCGGUGUCUGCGGAGUAUCUGGGUCCCAUCCUGGACUCCUCAUCAGGCAGCAAGCAGCAGCACAUCACCAAGUCUCUGGCCUCGCUGACAGACAUCCAGGAGGACGGCAUGAGCCUAGGGACAACGAGUCUGGGGCUCAGCCUGGCCCUGCGAGACCCCUACCACAGGGACCGGGCGUUCCGCACCAUCAGCCUACCUGUCAGGGGACACACCUUUCCCAGGCAGUCUCGAGGUUAUGACACUUCCCCUCUAACAAGGAGGAAAUCUUACGACCGCGCGUACAGGCCCACUGACGGCUAUACUCCCCCCUCCUCCCCUCCUCUGAGGACCAGGAACGACCGCAAUGUCUUCUCAAGGCUCACCAGCAACCAAACCCAAGGUUCUGCUCUGGACAAGUCGGAUGACAGCGACUCUUCGCUCUCCGAGGUGCUCAGGGGUGUGAUCAAUCCCAUCGGGGGUGUGAAGGGGGGUCGGACGGCGCCCCUGCAGUGUGUUUCUGUAGCCGAGGGUCAUUCGAAGCCAGUUCUGUGUGUGGAUGCUACCGAUGAGCUGCUAUUCACUGGAUCUAAAGAUCGCACCUGUAAGAUGUGGAACCUGGUAACAGGUCAAGAGAUCGUCACCCUCAAAGGCCAUCCAAACAAUGUGGUGUCAGUCAAAUAUUGUCCUGCCUCCUGUCUGGUCUUCUCUGUCUCCACCUCCUACAUCAAGGUGUGGGACAUCCGUGACUCUGCCAAGUGUGUCCGCACUCUUACUUCAUCGGGGCAGGUGGUUUCAGGUGAUGCAUGUGCUGGCACCACUACCCGCACAAUAACCUUUGCACAGGGCGAGUGUCAAAUUAACCAGAUAGCCCUCAACCCAUCAGGAUCUGUGCUAUAUGCUGCUGCUGGAAACACUGUUCGCAUGUGGGACCUCAACAGGAUGCAAGGGAUGGGAAAGCUGACAGGCCACAUCGGCUCUGUCAUGUGUCUGACAGUUGGACAGUCUCUGCUGGGCAAAGAUCAAGUAAUCACUGGCUCCAAAGACCAUUAUGUCAAGGUGUUUGACGUGACAGAGGGAACUAUGGGUAAUGUAGGUCCAGCUCAUAACUUUGAGCCGCCCCAUUAUGAUGGCAUCGAGUGUUUGGCUGUACAGGGAGAUGUGCUGUUCAGCGGGUCCAGAGACAACGGCAUCAAAAAAUGGGAUCUGGAGCAGCAGGAACUCACUCAGCAAAUCCCCAACGCCCAUAAGGACUGGGUGUGCGCUCUGGCAUAUGUCCCGGGCCGGCCCAUGCUGCUGAGCGCCUGUCGGGGCGGCAUGCUGAAGGUGUGGAACGUAGAGAACUUCACCCCCAUAGGAGAGGUCAGGGGUCAUGAAAGCCCCAUUAACGCCAUAUGUACCAACUCAAGACAGAUCUUCACUGCAUCCAGUGACUGCAGGGUGAAGUUGUGGAGCUAUGUGCCAGGCUUGACCCCGUGUCUUCCUCGACGGGUCCUGGCCAUCAAGGGCCGAGCCACCAGCCUCCCAUGAUUGCCUCUUCUCCACUCAGCAACCCUCCCUUCCUUUGCGACAAGACAGUGAAGAUCUGGUCGUCAAAGGUGUGGAGGAAAAGGUGACAACCGAAUUAGUUCCUUUGUCGGCCAUCUUGCUGCAACUUUCUGACCCGCUCGCUUCCAGAAAUGAGAUGUGACACCGAAAACUCUGUUUCCAAGGCAAUCAAGGUGUUUUUUUUUCUUUGUCAAGGUGAAACAUGACAAAGCCGAGGUUGAAUAUGUAUUCAGGCAAAAAAAAAAAAAUAAUUUACCUUUCAGAUUUUUUUUUUUUUUUUUUUACUGCCAAUUUGAAAGUGCCAUUCAGGUGUGAUGCUACUUGGACAAGAUAAACUGCAUCUUCCCAGCCGUGGAUAGACUAGGCGGAAUAAUUUCUCUCUCCUGGCAUGAAAACUACCACAGUCUGGUAUUAAAAGGACAAUAAAAAGUGUCCUUCUGUUUUUUCACCAAGGUUUUGCCAUCAUUGUGGAACAACGACAGAUGAAUUGGCUCAGAGACGUGCAUUUGUGUAUCUAUUGUAUGAAAGUCAUUACGCGGGGGGAAUUUAAAUCCCAGAGAGAUGUUAACUAACAACUGGGACCUCUGACCCUUUCCUCCUUUUCCUCCGCUCAGGACCGUUAGUGUUCAUUAGCGCUGUGACUGUUCUGACACUGAACACAUUGGAAGGUCAUGCGAUAAGCUCAUCGUGAUCAAUAAAAAAAUUGUGGUUGAAACAUCACUGGACAAUUACACAAAACACCAUCACUUGAUGAACGCCCUCCAUUCACUUGUAAUGUAGUUCACAUGGCUCACUGAAGCUUUAUUGUGUUCCACAAGCCGUGUCAAUGUUUUUUAAUGACAUUUACUAAUUUAUUUUUUUCCCUACCUCAGUUGUUUUGGAUUUUGGCGUGAGGGAACAUUUUUACGGGUCUCUCUGUGUACAAACACCUAGUUCUUGGCAUUUUGAAGUCUUUAUUUAAUGCCUGGCUCUUCAUCUCUGUGUGGAUGCGUCCUCUGUGGCCGUCUGGCUAUAAGACUGUCUAGCUGCUGACCCUGCAAACAAGAAAGCACACAUCCAGUAGCACAACUAAGGCCCCGGAGGAUCUGCCUGGAUUGUAAUAUUUGCUCUGCAAAGUGCUAACUACGACAGGAAAAAAAAACACCUUUGCAGAUGCACAUGACACAAACAGUACUUAACUACAGCACACACUCCUGAGACAUUUGUGAGUCGGAUACUCCAUUGAGUGCCUCACCAUUAUCUCACCCAUCCUACAGUACGUGGCCCAUACCUGCCAGUUCUCCUCCACAAAUGGUAAUAGGAGCCUCACCAUCCCCCGCCUGCAUUCAGCUCCACUCUGAUCGUUGAGGUUAGCGACUGUAUCAGACUGACCAGCCAUACUGAAGAGUCCGCCUCCUUCCCAGUUACUGAACUUCUCUGGGAAGCCAAUUUAAUUAGAGGUCUCGCAGCUCUACCGGCUGCUUGUCAGGGAAGAUUACUUGGGUGAAAGUAGGUCAUAACUGAGAGGGAUUUCUUAUUAAAAUCCCAAUUUUCCUCCACCCACGUUUUGCUGCUACAUUUAAAGAGAGGGAGAAACUUGCGGUACCCGUGCACUGAUGUACAAAUCUGCAGAUUAUGUGUAUGCACAAACCACGGACACACAAACACAGGAUUUCAGUGGAUGUUUCGGUUAUUCAUCUUGCCUGAUAGGUCUUGGCAUCCCUCACUGUGUUGAUUUAGUGUCUCUUUAAUGAAACAAAUUCAGCACUGCAGCAAUGCACUGACACAGAUAUAUGUGCGCACACACACACACACACACACACACACACACUCUUUUACACUCCUACAGGUAACCGUAAUAAUAACCGAAGUCUUAACAUUUUUGUCUGAAUGCAGAUGAGGCAUUCACAUUACUUUCAAUUUAUGAUCUUGGGCUUUCUUUGUAUCAGUUCAAAAUGUCAUGCAGCAUUUAGAAGCUUCUUCACAUACAGUACCUAUGUCUUACAGCUUGAUAAAAAUCAAUUCAUGUGUGUUAGUUUCAAAAUAUCACAGCACAGUUUUUUCAGCCCCGAAAUCUCACUCCUGUUGAGAAAUACUUUGGUCAUUUAGUGCACUUUUUUGUAUAAAAGACCCAGAAACCUGUAGUUUAAUUAAACCAAGCUUGGAUCAUAAAAAGCAGUCACAGGUGCUGAAGUUUAAACUUUAGACGUACUUUCUGCAAAUUCUCCUCUAAGAGGGAGUACGCACUAUUGAUUGUUGAUGUAGCCAACCUGAGUUUGAAGCUGCGGGUGAUUGUGUGGAUGGACAAAAUUUGUUGAAGCAUUCUUGGUUUUAAUAUUCUGCCAACUCAGGUAAAGGUUGAAGGAUGUUAGUCAUACAUGUGUCAUUACUGUACUUGACCCUGUGAAUUAAGGUAGCUAUUUGACCAGAUGCCUUGUUUGAAAGUUGUUGUUUUUUUACUUUGAGAAAAAAAAGGUACUAUUAUGUAUCGCCCCUUUUUGUAAAAAGACUAAUUUCCAUGUUUUGGUUUUGCAUUUGUUUCCCUUUACUUAUUAUCUAUGUACUGUGCUUUUCUCUACAAAAUGUACACGUCUUACAUUAUAGCUUCCCAAUCUGGCCAAAGCUGAAAGUCUUGCAACUCUGAGAAGAUGUGCACUGAUUUUUGACCAUAAUUUCUUGUUUAAAAUAUGUAUAAAUGUGGUAAUUGUGUAGUAGUUAAAGUGGAGUGUACAUAAUGUGGUCAGUAGGGAAAUUAACCCCCAUAACAUAAUGGGUUAUAUACUUUGACUUUGAGUCAGACUCCACUCCGCCCUUCACUGUAUACUAUGUAUAUAUCUGUGCUCAUUAGCCAAACUGACCCUUUUCACCUGCUGUGUGGUGUGUUUCAUGUGAUAAGAAUGCUAAGCUAGCCUUCACCUCAGUUUUUUCUCUUCUCCAGACUCAUACUUAUUGCUAGAGAAGAUCUUGUAGUACUGUAACUUUAGGCACUCUCUUCGGUGCCCUGUGCUUGUACAUUUGUUGACGGAUACAUUUUGUUUGUGGUACUCAUCGAUGGAUUGGUCACCUCAAAACAUAGCAAUUUAGUAGGCAAUUGCUAUUGUCAAUCUUAAUGUUAAACGCCCGAGUGGAUUUGCUACUGAAAUCUUUUGUUUUGGCCAUUUGUUUGGAUUCGGGAGCAUUGACAGUCUGUAACUUUGAGUCUGCUUCACAAAAGAUGAAAAGAUUUAGUAUAGCCAAGCAGAAGCCCUACAUUAUUAUCUGGCCUUGGAUCACCCCCACCCAAAGUUGGCCCGAGUUCUGAGUCUUGUAUUCUGCCAAUGUCAGCAUCACUUCAUUAUUUGAUGAUGUGUAAAUAGGCGUGUCAUACCUUUUUUAAUAUUACAUAGGAGAUUUAGCCGAGGUUAACUGAAGUCUUCCUCAUCAGCUGGCCUCUGAGAAAUCUACAGCGUAAUCGCUUCAAGUUAGGAUUUACAUGCACUUUGGAUAAUGAACACUGCUGUGAAUACUCUGUGAACUGUUUUUUUCUAGAUAUGUAUUAAGCCUAUUUUUAGACUUAGUUUACAAAGAUGGAGUUUAUGAUUCCCAAACGAGGCUUAAAGCACUGAAAUUGUACUGAAAGGAUCACGUCUGUUUAGCUCAGCAGUAGGUUUAGAAAUCAGUUUUAUUAAUAUGUGUGCUGAUACAGUAUAUAAGAUAACAGUCAAGACCUAGAAACCCCCGGUAUAUCCCUGCCUUUAAAGUCACCCUUUUGUAUAGCAAAUGUUGCCUGAGAAUGUUAAUUUGACAGAGCAGCAUGCACACCUAGACGUGCAGGAGAGUCCAUCUCCAUCCUUAUUUCCCUGGCUGUCAGCUGGUAUUCGGACAUUUUUCCUAAUAAUACUGGCCACAAACAUGCCAUAUUACUCUAUGAAAGGUAUGAUCUGAGAUACAGGAUGACAAGAUCUAACUGUAAUCUAUUUCUCCUGCAACAAUCAACUGUAGAAAAGGUUCCCGUAGCUCCUAUUAGCAUCUAGUUUAAAUUGGAAAGCUGUUUGACCAAAGCUAAAUAUCACUUCAACAGCUGAUGCCUUGCUCACUCUUUAAAGCUGCUACUGUAUGUGUAAUUGAAAAUGUCUGACUUUGGUUGCCACCAGUGGUAGUAUAAAAAAAAAUUGUGGCAAACAACAAUGCACCCACGAAUCUCACCUGGGGAUACGAUUGACCAUUCACUUAGCCACCUCCCUGUCAAAGUUUCCGUUCCUUCACAGAACGUAUGCGGUUUACAGUAACAACAGUGGCAGAUUUGCAACUCAAAAUACACAUUUCUGUGCUUUAAUGAUUGUAUUAUUUUAAUAGGUAUGCUCCACUUUUACAAAAGAAAAGGAUUUUAGGAUAAGGACUAACCAAUGAGUUUGGCCGACAUAGUACUAUCUACUGUAAUGCAAGUUUGGUUGGAGUUAGUGUAGUGUAAACUUUUCGGAAAAGAGCCAAUCGUUACUCUAAACUCUGAACAGAUAGUUUUCUGACUUAACCGGUAACCAAACAUAAUAAUAUAGUUAUUUAAUGACAUGCCUCUUGCUUUUAAAAUAACACUGGUUUACUUCUGCAGGUAGCUAGUCAGCCAGACAUGCUAACGUUUGGAAAAGCUUAAAAAACACUGCCCUCCAAACUCUUUAUAGACAGAGUUUUGCUCAUAUUCGAGCCCCGUGCACACCUGCAGCAUGUGGAGAAAUCCAAAGCUUGACAGGUCCGCAGUGACUAGUUAAGGUUGCUAAGCUCUGACUGGACAAUUGCUGCGUUUAGUGUUUAGUGAGUUUAGUGAAUGGUCAAUUGGCAAAAAAUAUUCAAUGUGUAGUGGCUGAUAUUAGAUAUAGGACCACAGGAUAGCUGCUUGUCAAACUGAUGUGUGAUUACUAUCUGUAGCAUUUCUAGCCCAACCAUCCUAUGACCAUUAGGGCAUGAAACCCAAGUAGUCAGCUCAGCUUCAGCCUUGUGCCUCAGCCAACAGGCCUUACUGCCUUAAAGAAACAGAAUGUGUUUGUAGGACAUUGAUAAUCAUUCACUUAAUAUCUUGAAUCUGUAACAGAUUUAUUCUGAUGAUUGUAGAUUAUCCUACAGAUUGUGGAACUCUGUUGUAAGUCAGACGAUGUCUCAGCUCAGUUUAUCAGCAUGGCUGAAAAGACUUUUCACUUUGCCGCAGGCUGCUGAGGGGAUAGGAUCACAUUUAGACGCAAUGAAGAGGGCACUUUACUGCUUUGCUGCUCGGCAGCUAAUUGCUACCAACACACACCAACACAGGUCUUCUCUGCAACUGCUCAAGUAAUUUUUCUCCAGGUGUGCAUCUAUGGUAACACAAUAUGUGGCAGUGUCCUUGAAAUAUGUAAUCAUGAGAUGUAAUCAUAAAUGCAGGGUCAAAGGUUUGUGCCUUUUAUUGCACAGACUACUCCCUCUUAAUUGAGUGUAAAUGUGUACAGGUUUUUUUAUAUGACAAUGUGCAUGAUACCAAGCCAUGUAAAAUAUACUGCUGUAAAUAGUGUAAGUAAAUAUUUAAUGAAGGAUCCAACAUUCCCUCAAGAAAAUAAAUAAGUUAAAAACCACCA